AUGGAUAACCAUGGCUCUUCAGCUCCAUACCGGUACCCCGGCCACUAUGGGUACCCUUUAUAUCGCCCACGUUCAGGUUUAGAACCAUAUUCACUUCCUCCUCGCUACGCAUAUCCUUCACAACCCUUCAGCUGUGCCUACUAUCAUCAUCCUGCUCGUCCUCCCGGCGCUCCCACUUCACCACAACCAUCAUCCCCUCCUUCUGGUUCUGCAGAGCAUAUACGACCGCCUCCUGUUGGCUAUUACUUUCCUCAUCCUUACCCUUACCCUCAUUAUCAAGUUCCUCAACCUCCCCAAAAUGUUACUUCUCCUCAAACUUCCAUUUUGUCCCCUUGUAAUUUUCAGUUCGUUCCACCUAGUUACCGUUAUUUUCCUGUGGUUGAGGCACAUCCACCUCCUGACGAAAAGAUCAAAAGUCAUUCACGAGCCCGUUCCUACGCUGGUCCAUAUGAGUCGUCGUGCGAGAGCUCGCCAGGAGGUGGAGCGUCGUCGUGGCAAACCAAUGAUUCUUCCCACACCCCUGGCAUGUCAGUUUACCCCCUAUCUUUUGAUGGUACUGUGAGCAGUGCUCCAUUUCCCAAUGUCGGGCAAUCUUCUCCAACUAAAUCCUCAGUCCAGCUGCCGUUCAGGCAUUCGAACUCUGUUUCGAUUUCGAGCCUUGAAGGGGAAUUUCCCGGCCAUCGUCGGAACUCAUUCUCGGGGUGGGGAUCCACCCACUAUAAUCAGUUAGAUUCUCGUUCUUCGGGAUUUCAAGAUCAUCCGGGGUCGUUAAAUGAAAGCAUGCGGACUCAGAAUCUGGAUAUUGUUCCUGCCUCGACUAAAGGGCCCUUGAAAACAUUGCUCCUGCAUGGGAAUUUAGACAUGUGGGUUCAUGAAGCGAGAAAUCUUCCGAAUAUAGAUUACUUCCACAAGACGUUUACGGGGAUGUUGUGUAAAUUCCCUGGGAACGUGGAAGGAAAGAUUACUAGUAAUCCUUAUGUGAUAAUAUCAGUAUCAAAUGCCAUAAUUGGAAGGACUUUUGUAAUUAACAACUGUGAAAAUCCUAAUUGGAUGCAACAUUUUAAUGUUCCCGUUGCUCAUUAUGCUGCUGAAGUGAACUUUCUGGUGAAAGACAAUGAUGUUGUGGGUUCACAAAUUAUAGGCAAUGUGGCGAUUCCGGUUGAACAAAUCUACUCAGGUGCAAAAGUAGAAGGUACUUACCCUGUCCUGAAUUCUUACGGGAGGCCUUAUAAGCAGGGUGCUACCUUGACCCUAUCCAUUCAGUACAUUCCAAUUGAGAAGCUAAGCCAUCAUUAUCAAGGAAUCGAUUCAAUGCCUGACUGCACUGGCGUUCCUGGCACAUAUUUUCCUCUCAGGAAAGGUGGAUCUGUCAAUCUGUACCAGGAUGCCCAUGUUCCAGACGGUUUACUACCUCUCGUGAUGCUUGACCGAGGGAAAUAUCAUGUUAAUGGAAAGUGUUGGGCUGAUAUGUUUAACGCCAUACAGCAAGCCCGGCGUUUGAUUUAUAUUACAGGGUGGUCGCUGUGGCAUAAAGUUAGGUUGGUAAGGGAUGCUGUUUAUCAAUUUGAUUACACCCUCGGUGAUCUUCUGAGGUCAAAGUCACAGGAAGGAGUAAGAGUGCUUCUCCUUAUCUGGGAUGACCCGACGUCAAGGAAAAUUUUGGGUUACAAAACAGAUGGUUUAAUGGCAACUCAUGAUGAGGAAACCCGUAGAUUUUUCAAACAUUCUUCUGUAAAAGUGCUUCUUUGUCCCCGGAUCGCAGGAAAACGACAUAGCUGGUACAAGCAAAAGGAAGUUGGAACCAUAUACACACAUCAUCAGAAAACUGUUGUCGUGGAUGCUGAUGCUGGAAAUAACAAAAGAAAAAUCAUUGCGUUCGUUGGUGGACUUGAUUUGUGUGAUGGGCGAUAUGAUUUCCCCCACCAUCCCCUCUUUAGGACUCGCCAUUCACUGCAUAAGGAUGACUAUCACAACCCCACUUUUACGGGUAACACUGGUGGUUGUCCACGGGAGCCAUGGCAUGACUUGCAUUCUAAAAUUGACGGUCCAGCAGCUUAUGAUGUUCUGACCAACUUUGAGGAGCGGUGGUUAAAAGCUACAAAGCCUCAAGGGAUUAAAAAGUUGAAAGCUUCUUACGAUGAUGCUUUGCUUAAGCUGGAAAGACUUCCAGAAAUUGUUAGCUUAGCUGAUAUGGCUGUAGAUGAUGAUGAUCCCGAUUCUUGGCAUGUUCAGAUAUUUCGGUCGAUCGAUUCAAAUUCUGUUAAGGGAUUUCCAAAAGAUCCCAAAAAUGCAACAAAGAAGAACCUAGUCUGUGGGAAGAAUGUAUUGAUUGACAUGAGCAUACAUACAGCAUAUGUGAAGGCCAUUCGUGCUGCUCAGCAUUACAUUUAUAUAGAGAAUCAAUAUUUCAUUGGGUCUUCGUACAAUUGGAGUCAAUAUAAAGACCUAGGUGCUAAUAACUUGAUUCCAAUGGAAAUUGCCCUUAAGAUUGUGGAAAAGAUAAAGGCAAAUGAGAGAUUUGCAGUGUAUAUUAUUAUACCAAUGUGGCCGGAGGGUGUUCCAUCCGGGUCUGCCACACAGAGGAUUCUAUUUUGGCAGCAAAAGACAAUGCAAAUGAUGUAUGAAACAGUUUCAAAGGCUUUGGUUGAGGCUGGGCUGGAAGCAGCAUUCGCUCCACAGGAUUAUUUAAACUUCUUUUGUCUCGGAAAUCGGGAAAUCAUAGAUAUGUAUGAUUAUAGUAGUAUGCUUGGAACUCCUCCUCCAGCAAAUAGUCCUCAAGCAUUUAGUCGAAAUAGCCGUCGUUUCAUGAUUUAUGUUCAUUCAAAAGGCAUGAUAGUUGAUGAUGAAUACGUAAUAUUGGGGUCUGCAAACAUCAAUCAACGCUCUAUGGAAGGAACAAGGGACACUGAGAUUGCAAUGGGAGCCUACCAACCUAAUUAUACGUGGGCAAGACAACGUUCUUAUCCAUGUGGUGAGGUCCAUGGAUAUAGGAUGUCACUUUGGGCUGAACACACAGGAACACUUGAAGAGUGCUUCUUACGGCCGGAGAGCCUUGAAUGUGUAAGAAGGAUUAGAACAAUGGGUGAAAUUAACUGGAAGCAAUUUGCAGCGAAUGAAAUAACAGAGAUGAGAGGGCACCUUCUCAAAUACCCGGUUGAAGUUGAUCGGAAUGGUAAGGUUAGAUCCCUUCCUGGCCAUGAAGAAUUCCCCGAUGUGGGAGGAAGGAUAGUUGGAUCAUUCCUUGCCAUCCAAGAGAAUCUAACCAUUUGA